AGUCUCGAACCAAUCGUGAACCAGUGAACAUAGGAAAAAAUAAUUCAAGAUAUAGCAAACUGCAUAAUGAAAGCCAAUACUUGGUGUUGGUUGCCAGUGCUGAUGGUAUUAAUACCAGCGACUUUGGCAUUGGUAGCUGAGCCGAGACACGAGGCUUGCGUCAAUGAGGAAAGAUACGAGAAUCAGGUAAUGUGUGCGGGUGUACAGUUUGGCUAUCGAGCUCCAUAUCCGGAUAAUUGCACAUUGUACUUAGUUUGCGAUUGCAUAUACCCCACUGUGAUGCAAUGUUCCGCCAAUCUGUAUUGGGAUAAUAGUACACAAAACUGCAACUGGCCACAGGAUGUAGAGUGCAUUUAUUACACCAUUGAUACAACCACAACAAUAUUGACAGUUUCCCCAACACAAACAACGCCGAAAACCACAAGCCCCAUGUCGAGCACAACAGAGACGCCUUUGCCCACAUCCAGCUAUGAUCCGCCACCGCCACCACCGGGUAUUGAGAUGACAUACUGUAAGAAUUUCGCGGAUGGAUCGGUGCAUCGAUAUCCGUACGAUUGCAAUGCCUAUAUUAACUGUACUCAUGGCUGGCCAGUUUUGAAUUACUGUGAACCCGAUAAGGUCUUCAAUCAAGUGCUGAGCAUAUGCGAUACUCCCGAAACCGCUCAAUGUGAGCCGCUACCAUUGCCACCAACAACAACAACAGCUGAACCCACAACAACAACAAUAACAACCGAGCUCACGACGACAACAGCCGAACCCACAACAACAACAACAAUAACAACAACAACAGAGGAUGGCCAGUGUGGUGAUCCACCCUUGGGCAUUGAGGAGGAUUACUGUGAACCGUUGGGCAAUGGUUUCUACACUUAUCCCUACAAUUGCAAUGCCUACAUUAGUUGUCGCAAUGGCUGCACUGGGAUGGCCUACUGCAUACCCGAUAAACUCUUCAAUCCAUGGCUGCACAUCUGCGACACACCCAAUUCGGUGCAGUGCAAUCCAGAGCCUUAUCCGACAAGUACAGUUGCAACAACAGAAUCGGAUACGAGCAGUUCAAGUGGUGGAGCGGAGACAAUCACAACGCCUGUGACCACGGAAAGUAAUUGGAGCACCACAACAGUGGUUACUACAACGACGACACCAGCACUUCCAGCCGAUGUAGAUCCUGAUGCCUGUAAGGGCUUACCCGAUUAUACACGGUUACCUUAUGCCGGUGACUGUGCACAGUUUCUGCAAUGCAAAGAUAAUCAGGUGGUUAUGAAUCAGUGUCCCAAGCCAUUGCUCUUUAAUCCCGAUUAUCUAAUCUGUGAUGAGCCCAAUGAUGUGGUUUGUUAUGGUGAUCGCACCACAAGCACUAGUACAAUACCACCAACCACAACCACCGAAGAGCCAACAACGACAACUAGCAGCACCACUUUGACAACCAUGCCGGCGACAACACUAGGACCCGCCGAGUUGUGUAAAGAUAAAGAAUUAGGCGACUCAUUUCCAUACGUGGAGGAUUGUUCAAAGUAUAUUUUAUGCUUGGGCGAUGGGAAUUUCUAUGUGGCAAUGUGCAUGGUCAAUUCCUAUUAUGAUCCAAAGACGGGCAUGUGUGGACCAAAUGUGUCACCAACAGCCUGUAAGGAGACAGCAGUAGCAACAACAACAACAACCGAGGCCACAACAGCAGAAAGAACCACAACAACGGAGGCUGUCAGCACCACCACAAGCGUGGCACCAACACAAACAACAACAACUUCAACCCCAGUGCAACCUGGCGGCAUUUGUGGCAAUAAGGAUGAGGGUGAAAUGAUUGCCUAUCCGAACGACUGCAGCAAGUACAUUGUCUGCGUGUCACCCAUACCAGUUGCCUUCUACUGCCGUCCCGAUUCUUACUUCAAUGCCAAGCAGCAACAGUGCGUGCAGUGGGAGGACAGCGACUGUGACAAGGAGGCGUCGUCGACAACAACACCUGGUUACACGCCAGCCCCACUGGAGCCGACAAUGUGCACGAACAGCAGUCGCGGCACCUUCCCCUAUCCGGAGAACUGUCAGUGGUUUAUACGCUGUGUGAACGAUUACAUCUACAUGAUGGAUGUGUGCAACUGCGGCGAAUACUACGAUCCGAUAAGUGGUGAAUGUGGUGCGGAUGUACCAUCCGAUGCCUGUCGCUGGGACUACACUUCAACAACAACAGUCGCGACAACGCUGGCGCCUGUGACGAGGCCACCGCCUCAAAAGGGUCCCUGUGAUGAUGUCGCCGAUGGUGAACUGGUGCCGUAUCCCAACGAUUGCUCCAAAUAUAUUAAAUGCGAUCGCCCCAUAGCCGCUGCCUUUGAUUGUGAUGCUGGCGAUGAAUUUAGUCCAGUGUUGCGCAAAUGUAUGGAAGCUUCGUUGGCUAAUUGCCCAGGGGGCGCAACGACAGGUCCUGGAGAGACAACAACAAAGGGCCCAACACCAUCCACAACUGAAGAGCCUUCUACAACCGUAGAUACUUCUACAACUCAAGGAAUUUCCACAACUCCUGAAACAUCCACAACCGAAGAAACUUCUACAACUCAAGGAAUUUCCACAACUCCUGAAACAUCCACAACCGAAGAAACUUCUACAACUCAGGGAAUUUCCACAACUCCUGAAACAUCCACAACCGUAGAUACUUCUACAACUCAAGGAAUUUCCACAACUCCUGAAACAUCCACAACCGAAGAAACUUCUACAACUCAACUGACUACCACCACUGAAGAGACUUCCACAUCUGAAACAACCACCACUACCGAGAGCACAACCACCGAAGCAACCACAACUGAAAUAACUACAACACCAGCGCCCUCUGGUAUUUGCGGCGGUAAACCCAACGGUACCUUGGUGCCAUAUCCAAACAAUUGCGGAAAAUAUAUUGUUUGCCUGGAGCCCAUUCCGAUUGGCUAUGAUUGUGCUGAAGGUUUGGAGUUCAGCCCCACAGAACUUGAGUGCAUGGAUCCAGAUUUGGCUAAUUGUGCACCGAAACCAACACCGAAACCAACACCGAUACCAACUACAACUACAGAAUCAUCCACCAUAACUACACCUGUGUCUACAACUGUACCAGCAGAUACCACACCAUCGACUACACCAGAGACUACAACUAUAUCAACAGAUUCUACAAGCACAACACUGGAGACAUCACCCAUAACAACUACUCCAGCACCCACGACAAUGCAUCCAGAUACGCCAAACAUAUGUUGUGGAUACCCCUUGGGAACUAUUUUACCAUAUCCCAACGACUGUAAUCGCUAUGUUGUCUGUGACUAUCCGAUACCAUAUGCUGUGGCUUGUGGAGAAGGCGAAGUCUUCGAUGUAGAGUAUCUACAGUGCACUGACAAGGCCUCCUGCAUUCAAUAAAAGGUGGAGAGCAUCUAAUUGUUAGAAUACCUUUCAGAUAUUUUUGUUUUUUAUCUUAAUAUAAAUUGUGACUACUAA